AACACUGGAAAGUGAAAUGGGGGUUUACGAGGAAACCUGAACGCGUCAGUGUUUCACCCCUGCUGGGCAUAAAUCAACAGCAGACAGAGACGGGACUUACCUUACAAUCUGCCCAGGCCAAGUCGACCUGUCAGGAGCAGCAAAACAUAUUGGACUUUCUCUGCAAGCGCAUAUUUUUUUGACAACUCACAGCAGCACCGUUAGCAGGCUAAGCUAGCAGGAAGAGCUGCCGGCAGUUGGCUAAAACUCCUAACGUUAACGUUACUCCGGCUGGAGACCACCCACUGCAGGCUGCUGGACUUGACCGAUCCAGCUAUGUAAGCUGCUCUGAUGUGUGGACUUCACAUCCAUUCAGCGCCUGGUUGAGACAGCUUUCAAACUGGUCUGGAGGACCACACUAUAACUGUGACAUAAACAUCCAACAGACCUGCAGCUCAUUUGGCUGAACAGGUGUAUGUUGGACUGGAUUGUAGCAUAAGUCCCCAGAGCAGCCUCCUCCCUCCCUUCCCUCUGCUCUCCCUCUAGCACUACUAUGCCUCUGGGUUUGGGAAGAAGGAAGAAGGCGUCCCCGUUAGUGGAGAACGAGGAAGCAGAGCCUAUCCGAGCAGGUCUCAAUGUGGCAGGUAUGGAUGGCCUAGAUGGAGGUGUUAUCGGGCUGGGAGAAAGUGCCACCUCUGAAGGUCUGCCACCUCCACACAGCAGCAUGAGACCUCGCCUCAUCUUCCACACUCAGCUUGCUCAUGGCAGCCCCACAGGCCGUAUAGAGGGCUUCAGUAAUGUGCGGGAGCUCUAUGCCAAGAUUGGUGAGGCUUUUGGAAUACCACCAUCUGAGGUUAUGUUUUGCACACUGAACACUCACAAGGUGGACAUGGAUAAACUGUUGGGAGGCCAGAUUGGGCUAGAGGACUUUAUUUUUGCCCACAUUAAAGGACAGCGAAAGGAAAUAGAGGUGUUCAAAGGAGAGGAUGCACUGGGUUUGACGAUCACUGAUAAUGGAGCUGGCUAUGCUUUCAUCAAGAGAAUCCGCGAGGGGAGCGUCAUCCACCAGAUCCAGGUCAUCAACGUGGGUGAUAUGAUCGAGUCGAUCAACGGCCAUCGCCUGAUUGGGUGUCGACACUACGAGGUGGCCAAGAUGCUAAAGGAGCUGCCUAAAGGGAAGGAGUUCACGAUCAAGCUGGUGGAGCCUCUCAAGGCCUUUGAUAUGAUCAGCCAGCGGUCUGGAGGGUCCAGGUCAGCAUCAGGGGUUCAGCUGGGGACCGGCAGAGGAACUCUGCGGCUGCGCUCUAAAGGUCCUGCUACUGUGGAGGAGUUGCCCUCUGCAUUUGAGGAAAAGGCCAUUGAGAAGGUGGAUGACCUGCUUGAGAGCUACAUGGGAAUCAGAGACAGCGAGCUAGCGGCUACCAUGGUGGAGCUGGGAAAGGACAAAAAGAACCCUGAUGAGUUUGCCGAGGCUUUAGAUGAAACGCUCGGGGACUUUGCCUUCCCAGACGAAUUUGUUUUUGACGUCUGGGGUGCCAUCGGUGAUGCUAAGGUUGGCCGAGUGUAACCACAAAAAGUAACAGUGCAGGCCAACUGUUUGUGUGACACCCACAACAUUCAGCACUACUAGGAAACACAACACUACCGUCAUGAGUUUGUUUUAAUUCCAGUGUAUACUCCUACUAUUUUUAAUUUAGAGUGUACCCUUUUGGGAGACUGCCUAGACAAAGAGAAUAAUGGCAGUUAGUGGAAGAAGAAGGUGACUCUGAUGACUUCCCAAGUGCUUUUAUUUGUCUUCCAGCUUUUUUUCCAGAAACUACAAGCACGCUGAUGAGCAUUCCCUUUGACCUGCAUGUCAUUGUUGUAGUUGCUGGCAGUGGAACAAAUACAGCACAAGUCUCUAAUAUGGGAGAAAUGAAAGACAACUGCUAACACAAAGUAAAUCUUUGAUACUUAGCAAACAAAAUGUGAUUAUUAUUAUUUUUUCUUCUUUUCUUUCCACAUUGCACUGUGUUGCACUGCGCUGUAAACCAACAACAGAUGUGAACAGAGAUUGUGCUGUACCUCACCUGGUGAGCGGCACAGUAAUUGCACAGUACAAGGCAUCAGCCUCCCAUGAGUUACAGUCUUGUCCUGAACCACUUGCUGUUACAGUUAUGGAUCCGUUUAA